AUGGCACCUCUUGUCGCGUCGCAGGAGGAGCUGCAGCGUCGUCGUAUCAUCGGCAUCAAUGCAGAGACUGUCACCAACAUCCCCUCCACAGAUUUCCCUGGCCAUUGGCCCGGAGAGUCGCACGCCUGGGCCCUCGAUCAAUUCAAAGAGAACUUCAAGGUCGACUAUCACCGCAAUGAUGCCCACGAGGCCUCGUUCUCGCUGAUCGGCCUGGACGCCGCGGUCGCCAAUGCCUUUCGCCGCAUCCUCAUGGCAGAGAUCCCCACUCUGGCCAUUGAAUACGUCUUCGUUCACAACAACACCUCCGUGAUCCAGGACGAAGUGCUCGCCCAGCGUCUGGGUCUAAUCCCGCUGAAGGGUUCAGUGGACGGAAUCAACUGGAUGCGCUGGUACCGAAAGCCCGCUGAAGAUGAAGAACCUUCCGAGGACGAUGGUCCCUCCGAUUUUAACACCGUUGUCAUGCACUUAGUGGCCGAGUGUACCAAGAAUGCUAAUGCCCACCCGGACGAAGAGGACCCCCGCAAGCUCUACAACCACGCCCACGUCUACGCCAAGGAUAUCACCUUCUCCCCGUCGGCCCCUGUCAACCCGGACAUCUUGAUCGCCAAGAUGCGCCCCGGCCAGAAGAUCGAUAUGGAACUCCACUGUAUCAAGGGUAUCGGAGCCGACCACGCCAAGUUCUCCCCCGUUGCAACCGCUUCCUACCGCCUCAUGCCGGAUAUCAAUAUUCUGCGCCCCAUUAUUGGAGAUGACGCCAAGAAGUUUGCCAAGUGCUUUCCCAAGGGUGUCAUUGCUCUUGAGCCUGUCACCUCUGCCGAGGCUUCACGCAAAGACAGUGGCUAUGAGGGCCACGCUGGUGAGCAGAAGGCUGUUGUCCGUGAUGCUUUCAAUGACACCGUCAGCCGUGAGUGCUUGCGCCAUGAGGAGUUCCAAGGCAAGGUCAAGCUCGGCCGUAUCCGCGACCACUUCAUCUUCAACGUGGAGAGCACCGGUCAAUUCGAGAGCGAUACCCUCUUCCUGGAGUCCGUCAAGGUUCUCAAGCUGAAGUGCGCCCGUUGGAAGCGUGGCUUGAACGAUCUCAUGGCAUAA